GACAGAAACUUAAAGCAAUGGCAGACGGUAACGACGAUGACAAACCAUCUGUAACUGUCGCAUCCAAGGUAUCAUUUGCGGAACUAUGUGGGCUACUGGAGAAAAUAUCCAAAACUCAAGGCAAUGACAAGAAGAAGCGAACUUUAACAGAUUUUGUUGAUAAAUGGAGAAACUUUCAUAACACCCUGCAUGAAGAUGAUAAAGACACGACUGACUCGUUCUAUCCUGCCAUGCGGUUAUUACUUCCUCAUCAUGAGAAGGAGAGAGUGGCAUAUGGAAUUAAAGAGCACAUGUUAGCCAAGUUGCUGAUUGAAGUGUUGUGUUUAGGGAAGGAUAGUGCUGAUGCCAACCGGCUGCUCAACUACAAAGCUCCAAAAACAGCAAGAGCUGAUGCUGGAGAUUUUGCUGGGGUGACCUACUUUGUGUUGAAGAACCGUUGUCCAGAGAGAGGAACACUAACCAUUCAGGAAGUUAAUGAUUGUUUAGAUGGCAUCGCCCAGAACAACGCAGCAAAGAAGAAGGAUCUGGUGAGGAAGAAUGUGCUACGACUGUUGACUAACAUGUCAGCCCUAGAGCUUAAAUGGCUCAUCAGAAUGAUAGUGAAGGAGCUAAAGGUUGGACUGAGUCAGGCAUCUGUCCUUUCAGUGUAUCAUCCCGAUGCUGAGGACUUCUUCAAUGUCAACAACAACCUGGAAAAGGUGUGUCGAAUGCUGAGAGAGCGGAGUGUACGGGUACAUGAGAUUGGUAUCAGCAUCUUCUCACCUUUUUCCCCAAUGCUGGGGGAGAGAGCUUCACCUGAUGAGGUGGAAAAACUAAUGGAGGGCAAGACCUACUUCAUAGAGACAAAGUUUGAUGGCGAGCGUAUGUUGUUACACAGACGAGAUGAUGAGUACAAAUAUUUCUCUAGGAGUGCUAAUGAAUAUACAGCCACAUUUGGGUCCAACAGUUUUGAAGGAAAUUUCACACCAUUUAUUCACGACUUGUUCAAGCCUGGGAUCAAGUCAUGUAUAUUGGAUGGAGAAAUGUUGGGAUACCAUGCUGAAACCAAAACUUAUGCAACAAAGGCAAUGAACACAGACAUCAAACGACAACAACAGGAAGGUUAUCAACCGUGUUAUAACAUAUUUGACAUUGUGGUACUUAAUGACAAAAUACUCACCAAUAAACCAAUUAGGGAAAGAUUACAGCUGCUGAAAACUGUGAUAGAGCCAGAGGAGGGCCGUGUACAGAUCAGUCAGCACACAGAGGCCAACACAAACCAGGAGUGUGCGGAUGCCCUGAACAAAGCUAUUGAUGGUAGAGAAGAAGGCAUCAUGGUGAAGAACCCGGACUCAGUCUACAGACCCAAUACUAGGAAGGGUGGCUGGAUCAAGAUAAAACCAGAGUAUGUGGGGGGUCUCAUGGAUGAGCUCGAUGUCCUGGUGGUUGGAGGGUACCUUGGAGUUGGCCACCGUGGUGGGAUGAUGUCACACUUUCUAUGUGCUGUAGCAGUUCCCACAGAUGAUGGGGAGAAGCCAGAAGUAUUCCAUUCCUUCUGUAAGGUUGGAUCAGGAUACUCUAAAAAGGAACUUGGAGAAUUUAACGAGAAGUUGAAGGAUCAUUGGAAAGUAUUUGACAAGAGGAAUCCUCCGUCUUCUGUUGUACUGGCUUCUGGCUUCAAGGAGAAACCAGACGCUUGGAUAGAGCCAUGUAACUCCUGUAUAGUCCAGAUAAGAGCAGCAGAAAUUAUCGACAGUGACCGGUUUAAGACAGGUUGUACACUUAGGUUCCCCCGUGUUGAGUGUUUCCGUGAAGACAAAGCCUGGCAUGAAAGCAUGACUCUUGCAGACAUUUUGGAACUAAAGGAGAAGUCUGGAGGUAAAUUAGCAGGUGGUAAGGUGGAACUUGCUGAUGGAGAAGAACCUGUAAAGAAAAAGAGAAAGAUUGUCAGUCGAGUAGUCCGUCCCACUCUUGGAGCUCAGUUUAAGGGCGCUGAUGUCACAUCUGUUACUCAGGUAUCAAAGAUGCUGGAAGGAAAAGAGUUUUGUGUGAUAAAUGGUCCGUCAUCUUUUCCAAAGCAUGCCAUAGAGACAAAAAUUGUAGAAUUUGGUGGUAGAAUUGUUCAAAAUCCAGGUCCAUCUACCUUCUGUGUCCUGGCAGACAAGGUAGCUGUCCGUGUCACCAACCUUAUUAAACGUGAUAUGUAUGAUAUUGUCAAGGUAACUUGGUUCCAGCGCUGUGUGGAGGCCAGCCGAUGGAUACCAUGGUCCCCAGCAGACAUGAUCCACACAUCACCUAAGACCCAAUUGGAUUUCAAGCAGCAAUAUGAUGAGUUUGGUGACAGUUAUGUGGACCCAACAAGUCCUGACCAGCUACAGACAGUGUUUGGAAGAAUAACUAAGGUUGAAAAUGAUAUGACAGAUCCUCUGGAGGUAGCUGAGAUUGAGGAGGCCUACUUCCCUGAUGAUUCUCCAUAUGGAUUGUUCCGAACCUGCAGGUUUUACAUGGAUGACAGCCUAGUAAUUGAUGACAAAACAACAAAAUUAAAGAACUCCACACUGGACUUCCUUGCCCUGGAGUUACGGUUCUUUGGGGGAAGCAUUGCUGAAGAAAUGGACUCUUUGGUUUCUCACGUCAUGGUGGACAAAAGUGACCUCAGUCGACUGGAGAAAAUAAAGGGAAUAAGGAGAGAGAGGAGGAAGAAGUUUCACAUCGUCACAAGAGACUGGGUCCGACAAUGUAUGGAAGAGGGAACUUUAGUGUCAGCACGCAGCUUUGAGCCAUGAAGUUUCUUAUCACCACAAAAGACAGGGUUAAACAAUUUAUUGAGGAGGGAACAUAAGUGUUAGCACAUAGCUUAGAACCAACUGAAUGGAACUUAUUAUAAUGUAAACACUCACAUCAGUCUGAAAAAACAAACUCAUCAUUCACAGAAGUGUUGAAAAUUUCUUAGGUCAUCAUCAUAUGUUAUUUACUUUAGCCAGGAAAGUUCUACUGUUGAAUCAGAACUGAUGCAAUAUGUUAUUUUUAAAAAAUCUCAGGGUGAAGCAAAACUAUAUUGUGUGACUUCUAUUGCAGACUUGAGAAAAACAAAUAGAACUUUUCACAAAUGAUCCUUGUCUAGGUUCCUGUUUACAAUAUGUUAUUGACAGAAAAUAUGCCAAUAGUGAAUU